CGACAUGUGGCAUCAGUGUCGCUCCGGAGGUGGUAGGAGGAGGUGGUGCGCGCGCGAGGCUCCCGGGAUAACUUGUAGAGGGAGCAGAAUGUGGAGGAAAAUAAAUAAAGAAUAACAGAAAAAAAGGAAAAGGAAGGAAAAGAGAAUUGGAAGAACAGUAAUAACGAAGGGAAUUAAAAGAAAAUAUAAGAAAAGAAAACAAAGGGAGAGAGAAAACGAAGAUAAUAAUAAUAAUAACAAAAGAAAAAGAAUUAAGGAAAAGGAAGAGGAGAAAAGAAAAAUGGGAAACAAAAGAAAAUGAAACAAGAAAAAGAAAAGAAUUAUAUAGAAAAGAAAGAAAAGAAAAAUAAAGAAAAUAAUAGGAAAAAAUAAUACAGUGACGAUCAGAAAGUAAAUUUGUGAAACGUUAAUUAAAGAAAGAAAAGAAAGAAAGAAAGAAAGAAAGAAAGAAAGUAAGUGCUUCUCACGGUUCACCUUUUUCCUCAUUAUUCCAGGCUCGAGGGCCAGGAGGAGAAGCUUAUAACGAUGAUGAUGAUGAUGACCAAGGCACCGAGUUAGAGGUGACCCAGGAGAAUGUGGAGGUGGUGGUGGUGGUGGUGUGAGGUCACGUGAGGUCAGGUUACGGUCAGGUCAUCCCCACACCGCCAAGCUGACGCCCCACACCAGUACUGACCCCGAGGAGGGCAUGUUGGAGGGUGUCGGGCGGAGGGCGUUCGGGUGUACCUCCUCGGGUACCUACAACGUCCGCGCCUCCGAGCUGGCCAGGCACCGCGCCCUCAAGACCCUCCGCGUGCAGGUGACCCUCCUUGACGACUCCACGCAGGUGUUUGAGAUCGAGAAACAAGCGAAGGGCCAGGCGCUGCUCGAUCUCGUUUUCAACCACCUGGAGCUGAUCGAGAGGGACUUCUUCGGCCUGCAGUACAUCGAGCCCGGCGCCUGCAACACCGACAACCCCAGGAGAUGGCUGGACCCUCGCAAGCCAGUCAAGAAGCAGCUCAGGAUACGCACCAAGAGCCUAGGCACGUGCGGGCUACCAGUGCUGUUCUUCAGGGUCAAGUUCUGGGUGAGUGAUCCGGGCAAGCUUGCAGAGGAGUAUACGCGCUACCAUGUGUUCCUGCAGCUUCGAAGGGACGUCAUGGAGGGGCGUCUUGUGGCCCAGCCCUCCACCGCCGCCCUGCUCGCCUCCUACGCCCUGCAGUCCGAGCUUGGCGACUACAGCACGGAGGAGCACGGCAACACCUACCUGGCCAACCUGCGCCUCAUCCCCUGCCAGACGGAGGAGCUGGAGAAGAAGAUAAUUGAGCUGCACAAACUACACAAAGGUCAGACACCCGCUGACGCUGAAUUCAACUUCCUGGACCACGCCAAGAGGCUGGACCUUUACGGCGUGGACCUGCACAAGGCAAAGGACUCCACCAACCGCGAGAUACAUCUGGGUGUAACUGCGAUCGGUCUGGUUGUGUUCCAAAACGGCAUCAAGAUGAACACCUUCAGCUGGGCCAAGAUUGUCAAGAUAUCCUUCAAGAGGAAACAGUUCUUCAUCCAGCUGAGGAGAGAAGUGACAGACCAGACCACCAGUAAGCCCGACUCAAGUUCUUUCCUACAAAUUGUCAAGAAAAAGCUCUCAAAGAAGUCCGAGAACUAUGACAGUGUUCUUGGGUUCAACUUGGGUUCCUACCGCGCCUGCAAGUGUCUCUGGAAGUCCUGCGUUGAGCAUCAUACCUUCUUCAGGCUGCACACCCCUCGCACCCCGGCCCGCAAGAGCCUCUUGACGCUGGGCAGCAAAUUCCGCUACAGUGGAAGGACGGAAUUCCAGGCGGUGGAGGACUGCAAGCGGAAGGCCAGGGUGGAGCGGUCAUUUGUGAGGUCACCCUCCAAGCGGUUCAGCCGGCAGACCGUCCCCACACCGAGUGACCUAGGACGUAAGGUCAGGUCAGGCUCUGGGUCAUCGCUGAGGCCCAGAACGGACUCCUCAGGGUACAAGGUGACCUCCCUCCAGGGCACCAAGACCCCCAAGAUGGCCUGGGGUGACACGGAGUCCACGCAGGACGAGGCCGUGCUGGCGGACGAGGGCGGGGAGCGACUGGCCGUAGGGGUGGAUGACGGGGUCGGCGUGAUCCGUGCCCCUCUCGCCCCGCCCCCCGUGCCAUCCUCCUCCGCCUCAUCCUCCGCCUCCUCCGCCGAGAGCGAUGUGGGGGCGUCACCUUCGCCCGACCAUCAGCCUGGAGGGAGCGAGGAGAGCGCCCACGGCCUGGUCACCAUCAGAAUGAAGCCAGACGAAGGGGGGAAGUUCGGGUUCAACGUGAAGGGCGGGGCGGACCAGAACCUUCCCCUGUUGGUGUCUCGCGUGGCGCCCAACACCCCGGCCGACCGAUGCUACCCCAGGCUCAACGAGGGCGACCAGGUGCUGCUGAUCAACGGGCGGGACGUGUCUGCCAUGACCCACGAGCAGGUUGUCAACUUCAUCAGAGCCUCGCGCGAAUGUCACUCCGGGGAGCUGGUCUUGACGGUGAAGCAAAACGUUUACGUGACGGAGGACAUCGACGAACCACCCUUCCAGUAUGUGCCUGAAGUCCUGCCAUCCAGUGCCACCAUCAAGGGCAUGGUGCCACCCCUGCAGGAGAGCCUCAUGCUGCUGGGGGAGGGCCUGGAGGCGGGCUCGCUGGUGGCACAGUUUGAACAGCUGUACCGACGCAAGCCUGGACUCACAGUGACGGAGGCUCGGCGGCAGGAGAACGAGAAGAAGAACAGAUACAGGGAUAUUUCGCCUUACGACACCACCCGCGUCACCCUCACCACCUCUCCCUCGGGCGACUACAUCAACGCUUCCUACGUCAACAUGGAGGUGCAGGCAUCGGGCAUCGUCAACCGCUACAUCGCAAGUCAGGGGCCGCUCGCUGGGACCUGUGCAGACUUCUGGUACAUGGUCUGGGAGCAGCAGUCAACCCUCAUUGUCAUGCUCACCACUGUGGUUGAGCAGGGGAGAGUCAAGUGUCACCGGUACUGGCCAAGGCUUUAUGAGACCGUGGACUUUGGGAUCCUUCAAGUCACUUGCAAUAAGGAGGAAGAGACGCCGGGUUUUGCCUUCAGGGAGUUCACUCUCAUCAACACAGAGACGCAGGAGGAGAGACACAUCACACACAUGCAGUACCUGGCCUGGCCUGAUCACGGCGUGCCUGAUGACUCAACAGAAUUCCUCAACUUCGUCACUCAAGUCCGGAAAGCGAGAGUUGGCAUGGUGGAGCCUACAAUAGUCCACUGCUCGGCUGGCAUUGGGCGGACGGGCGUUCUCAUUCUGAUGGAGACGGCACAAUGCCUGAUCGAAGCCAACGAGCCAAUCUACCCGCUGGACAUCGUCAAAGCCAUGAGGGACCAGCGCGCCAUGAUGAUCCAGACAGCUAGUCAGUUCAGGUUCGUGUGUGAGGCAAUCCACCGAGUCUACACCGAGGAGUUGGUCAAGCCGUUGGCCGAGUACGAGCAGAGAUGAGAGGCAGCGAGAACGAGCGACUCUCUCGACGUGGACAAACAACGGUGAAGUGUGUGGCGAGGUUCCGUGGCGGUACCGAGGCUGUCUGGGGUGUCACAAGAGGCUCGGGUGACAGUGGCGGCGAUGAUGGGGUUAGGUUAAGAAGUUGAAGUCGUGCCGCUCAGGAACUUGGUGGACACAGAAACGUCACUCGUGUGUGCGUGUGUGUGUGUAUAAAAAAUUGAAAGGAGAGGACACAGAGAGAAAGAACUGUCAGUUGUGUGUGUGUAGGAAACUGAAAGGAGGAAAACACUGCAUAGAUGAGGUUAGAAAAGCCAGACAGUCUUGUGAAUAUAGAAAAUCAAAAGGAGAAACAAGAAAUGAAACGCCAGAAGAGGACACAGAGAGAAAGAAAUGCCAGUCGUGUGUGUAUAGGAAACUGAAAGGAGGAAAACACUGAAUAGAUGAGGUUAGAAAAGCCAGACAGUCUUGUGAAUAUGGAAAAUCACAAGGAGAAACAGGAAUUUAAACGCCAGCCAGCCAGUUGCAUGUGUGUGUGUGUGUGUGUGUGUGCAGAGACCAGACCCCGACACAGCCUAGACCAAAGGGUUGACGUUCUUGUCCUGAGGAAGAGAGAAAACACCAGCUGGGAAGAGAGAGAAAGAGAGAGAACGUACACACACAGCUACUUCAAGGCUGUCUAUACAAGAUCAUUUCUACUUCAGCAUGUGACAACUGCUUUUAUACUGACUCUGGGCAUGGACAACAGGAGGGAAGGAAACCACAGCACUCAAGAAGAAAGAAAGAAAGAAAAAGGACACAGCUACUUCACGGCAAUUUACAUGAGGGCAAUUUUUACUUCCACAAGUCACAACUGCUUUUUAUUGUGACUCUGGGCAUAGGCAGCGUGUCUGGGCCGGCUGCCAAUGGACAUAACUUGCUCAAGACUGACACUUCCCAGAGCAGCAAGGAAGUAUAAGGAGACAAGAAGAUGACCACAGACAAGCAUAUAGCACUAGACACACUUUGGGGCAGCCUCGAACUUCUGCCAAGACCGACACUUCCGCAGAGCAGCGAGGGAGUGUAAGGAGACAAGGAAACAAGCAGAGUAUAUACCACUACAGACACACAUUGGGACUGCCUCAAACUCAUGCCAAGACCGACACUUCCGCAGAGCAGCGAGGGAGUGAAUACAUGUCAAGCUGUCGUCCCUUCCUAUCCAUCCCUAUCCCUGCCCUGUCCCUCCCUGCCUCAUCCCACACGUGCCUUCCUCUUAUCGUGAGAGCCAAAGCAAGUGACAAUCCACGAGGCGACGGACAGAGCCACCAAACACCGUAGGACCCAUAGCCACGUUCAGGCACCCCACACGACAUAGCAAGGCAUAGCAACCCAUGUCAUCGCUGAAAUGGAAGGAAAUGGAGAUAAUUCACCAAACACCAGAGGACCCAUAGUGACUUUCCGACACCCCACAGGACACGGCAAAGCAUAGCAACCCGUGUCAUCGCUGAAAUGGAAGGAAACGGAGAUAUCUUGACAUAUUGGAAAGGACAUGUAGUGACCUUCCGACACCCCACAGGACACGGCAAGGCAUAGCAACCCGUGUCGAGACAUAAACAGAAGGAAAUGGAUAUAAUUCGACAAUGGGAAGGACACGGUAAACCAUGAACCCAUGUCCUGAAGUGAAAGGGGUACACUCUCUUCCACACAUAUGAUCAGAAAGUACCCAUUUUGGCGGUCACCUGUGUCUGGAAACGCUGGAAAGGAUAUGUUCGCCUUCCAUACAAGACCAAGAAGUACCCAUUUGGUGGUCUAGCUGGAAGGGGUACACUCUCUUCCUAUGUCUAUGGUCAGGAAGUACCCAUUUUGGCGGUCAUCUGUGUCUGGAAACACUGAAAGGGAUACAAUCGCCUUCCAUAUGAGACUAAGAAGUUCCCAUUGUUGCGGUUAUGCUAGAAGGGAUAUGGUUUCCUUCUAUACAUAUGACCAAGAAGUACCCAUUUGGUGGCCUCGUUGAAAGGGAUACACUCUCCUCCUAUAUCGAUGCCCAGGAAGUACCCAUUUUGGUGGCUUUCCUGGCAUGACAUGAAGUAGAAAAAGUCUGAUUGUUGCAUAGGCUUCAUGGAGGCUCUGGAAGUGUUCAAAGCAUUAUAAACAGGGUGUGUAUAGGCCUAGUUGUGUUUGCCCAGGAUGGAGGCUUGUCAUGGGUGGAGGUGAGGUUAGGUAGGCCAAUCUGUACUCAUGUCGCCCAAUUUGUACGCAUGUCAAGGAAAAAAAGGAGUCAUGGGUGGAGGUGAGAUUAAGUAGGCCAAUCUGUACCCAUCUCCCUAUUUGAUGUCUUCUUUUUCUCCUUCUUCAUCUUCGUCUUCAUCUUCCUCAUUUUCAUAUAACACCCUCAUUGUCUGGGCUAUGAGUCUCUCCCACUUUCAACAACCACAAACUCCCCUUGAUGUGUACAAAUUGGGGGUCAUGCGUACAAAUAGGUGAGCACACCCUAACCGAAGCAAGCCAGUACGUAAGGUUCGACAGUCCGGCCCUCUGUGGCGCCUGGACCCCAUAGCUGUGGCGAGGGCGUAAAGUAACUCCUUGGGGUGCGGCCGCGUGCCCCACUGUACCUCUCAGGGUAUUAUAAACACACUUAUUAGACAUCACAUUACUGCCUUUGCUCUUUGUAUGUAGUAUAAUGUAAUGUAGUAACUAUAGUAACAGUGUACGUGCGUGUGAAAAGUCUUGCAUUUCAUUCUAUUAUUAUAUACGGUUGAUAGCACUGAUGAUGAUGAUGAUGAUAUUUUUACAGACAGACAGGCAGGCGAGUGAACGGCAGUUGGUGAAGACAUUUUGUGGAUUCGACAUUUCUGUUUUUUUGUUUUUUCGUAAUGGUCAGUACGUACUAGUAGUGUUUCUGUGUCACUUUCAUAUUGGAAGACUUUAAGAGUGCGGUUUCCUCCCUUACGUAGCGACGCGUUGAGGUGUGUUUCGCCGUGCACGACACGACACGAACCGAAGUGAAUCUCAAGUGUGGACAAUUUUUACGAAGACGGGAAAAACGUGUCAAGUGUUCCGAGUUAGACGGUGGGAGAACGCAUGUGUGUGUGCGUGUAAGUGUGUACGUAUGUGUGAGUGUGUGUGUGUGUCAGUCAGUCUGCCAAAGAACCGUUGGGGUCUGACCAGUCUGUGUUUAUUUAUAUACAUAGUGACUGAACAUUGAUUUAUUUUAUUACGUACGUCCGCAGCAUUUUAAUUCAAGAUGCAACGUCGCCACCUGUAUAAAAAACAACACUAGCGAUAACGGUACUAUCCUAAUUAACUUAUAUUAGCACAAGUAAGCUGUAUGUAAUAUUGCUUUCAUUAUUUUUAUUUUCACUGAUUUCCUCUAUAAACAAAAUCUGAUGACGGCUUUUUUCUUUUUCAAUCAUCCGUAACAACAAGAACAUGAUUUUGUAUACACUUUGUUUCUGUUUGUUUUUUCUUCUGGAUCAGAUCUCAACACUUUAUAUUCUGUGAUUUUGAUUGUGCAUAGAGACUCUCUGAGAAUGGCUAUUGCAACACUAUUCAUGAAGGGAGGAGGAGAGAGAGGCAGUGAGGGAUAGAGACACUGAGAGACAGGCAGGAGCAGACCAAACCCACUUCAUGAGACACAACAGGCGUAAUGCAACCAUAGGAAAAGGAAAACCCUCAUAUCAUGCAUUUAGUUUCCUCGUAUUGCUGUUCAGCCUUGAGAUAGAGAGUGAGAGAAGAGAAGAAUUAGGUCUGUGGUUAUUUAUAUGGAUGGUUGAGAACUGGACUUAACUAGGAAGGAAUCAACACUGAGUUAACAUAUAUGACAAGCUAAUAGAGAGGAAGGAAGAAUUAUAUAUAUGGUUAUUUAUGGAUGGUAGAGAACUGGACUUAACUAGGAAGGAAUCAACACUGAGUUAACAUAUAUGACAAGCUAAUAGAGAGGAAGGAAGAAUUAUAUAUAUGGUUAUUUAUGGAUGGUAGAGAACUGGACUUAACUAGGAAGAAAUUGACACUGAGUUAACAUAUAAGACAAAUCUAUACACUAUACAAUCGACAUUAAUCCUCCCACACCACACUCGUACAAUCUUUCGAUGCCUCAAACGUAAAACAACACAAAAUCCCGCCUGAUCUCCUCCAUGGUCUUGGAAAACGGUCGCAGCGAGAGUCGGAAAGUGUUCGAGAAUCGCGAUGAUGUAGUCUGGUCACAAGAAUGAGCUCACAGUCGUAUGUCUACCAGCUUACAGGGCAGUCGUUAAAGAGUUACAGUCACCCGCCAGUCCCUCGGAUGUGGGUGAGUGGGUGAGGUAUAGCAUGUAACUGACUGACUGACUGUGAGUGCCUGGUGAGUGGAUGACCCUGAUGUGUGUAUGUAUGUGUGUGUGUGUGUGUGUGUGUGUGUGUUACGUGUAAGUCAUGAUUCCCUCUGUUUGUUGAUAUCUUUAAGUUCGUAUUGACGAUGCAUACAAACUCGACAACAGGGAAUGUGUGUUUUAUUUGACAAAUGAGCAAUAAAGAAAACUGGUUUUUA